CACCCCGACCACCAUCCAAGCAAUUGCUGCAAUCUAUCCGUGUAUUGUAUUGUGUGUACCUCCGACGACGACAGGAAAGGAGGAAGAAGGAAGGAAAUUGAGCAGUAGUAUAUCCACAAGACAAGACAAACGAGUUUGAAUACUGCAGGCGGAUCGGAUCGGAUCAGGAUGCAGUCGGCGAAGGAAACAGCAGCCAACACGGCGGCUUCAGCCAAGGCUGGAAUGGAGAAAACCAAGGCCGCAAUGCAGGAGAAGGCCGAGAGGAUGACGACUCGAGACCCCCUGCAGAAGGAAAUGGCGACGGAGAAGAAGGAAGCCAGGAUUGAGGAGGCAGAGCGGCAGAAACAGGAAGCACGCAUGCACAACACCGCCGCUAGGCAGGCUGGAACUGGAACUGGAACUGGACCAGGACCCACCCUCGGCCAAGAAUACACCGGCGGCGGCGAUUAUACUGGUACUGGAACUGGAAUGGGCACGGGAACGGGGCUCCAUCCAUCAUCAACUGGACCAACUGGUCUACACCAGACGGGGGACAUUGGGGGCCGCCGCAAACCGGAUCAUCAUCAGGACCCUCAUGGCCGUACUGGAGUUCGGGGUGGCUACGGGGCAAGCGACACUUUCUAGACACAACACAGGACAGGACAGGACAGAGAGACAAGAGUCAUGUCCAUGUUUAUCUAGUUUACUCUCUUGCAAGUUGCAACCCACCUACCCAGCUAACAUCAAUAAAACAGUAGCAGCAGUAAUAAAAACAGAGAUUGUUGAGGAGAUUAGUAAGUAGCUAGCUAGGGAUGUCAUGUCCCGAUCUAGGUCUCUGAUCAGCUGGCUUCUCAAUUCAGUUCUCAUGUGUGGUUUCUGUAAUGUCCGUCUCCCCUUGCCUUGUCUGUGUUGUGUUUGCACUACUGCUUAGUGCAGUGCAGGCACCGACCAUCGUCUCAUGUAAUGAAUGCAACUGUGUUUUGUUUGUCGUUC